AUGUCUGAUAAUCGUGGUCGAGGCCGAGGCCGUGGAGACCGUGGAGACCGAGGAGGAGGAGAUCGUGGAGGUCGCGGACGCGGCCGUGGUGAUGGCAACGGCAACGGCAAUGGCCGUGGUGAUACCAACAUGCCAUUCCGCCCAGCAAGAGGUCGUGGAGGAGAUGAUGGCUAUCGAGGUCGUGGAGGCGGCGAUCGAGGAGGCCGCGGUCGUGGAGGGGACGACGGCUACCGAGGUCGUGGAGGAGGCCGUGGUCGCGGAGACGACGGCUAUCGCGGUCGUGGAGGCGACCGUGGUGGUCGCGGUGGUCGUGGUGGUGGAUUUCAACCUGGACCACAGGGUCCCAGCAUCUAUCGUGCAGGUCAAUCCGUCCUCGCCCCCGAUACCAACGUUCUCAAGACCGAAAAUGCCCUGGCCAAAUCCCUCGUGGGCUUCAAGCAAGCCGACCAGGCAUAUCCCUUGCGCCCGGGAUAUGGAACCCUAGGCAAAGAGGUGACUUUGUACGCCAACUACCUCUCGCUCUCAGGCCUUGCCAAGGGGAAGCCUCUGCACCGAUAUAAUCUCGAGAUCGUGGCUGAGAAAGGUCGGGAACCUCCAGCUGGAAAGAAAGCUCGCCAGAUCAUCGCCUGCCUCGUUGACGAACACUUCGCCGCCCAGAAAUCCCACGUCGCGACUGAUUAUCGCUCCACAAUCAUCUCGGCUGUCGACCUCAGUCUUACUGAGGGACAGGCCUUCAACGUCAGAUACAAGGCCGAAGGCGAAGAUGAAUACCCCGAGGACCCUCGCGUGUACCAAGUCAAAUGUACCAGUGUCCGCCAUCUCGACUCCGUCGAUCUGAUCAACUACCUAACCUCCACCAAAGCCGGGGACAUGCUUGCCACCAAGCCGGAGCUCAUCGCCGCUCUAAACAUCAUUAUAGGCCACCACCCCAAGACCAGCACCGACGUGGUCUCCGUCGGAGCCAACAAGCAUUUCGGAGUCUCCAGCCAGCUCAUGGACCGCCAGGAUCUCUCCGGUGGUCUCGAGGUUCUUCGCGGGUUUUUCAUAAGUGUCCGCGCGGCUACCGCUCGAGUGUUGCUGAAUGUCCAGGUGAAGUAUGUGGCCUGCUACAAGGCAGGCUCUCUAGCCCAGACCAUCCAGGACUUCCAGAAUGGUACAGAGUACAGAUAUGCAUACGAUGGCAAGAAGUCAUACCUUCUUGCUAAAUUCUUGACGCGUAUGCGCAUCACGCCAAACCACAUCAAGCGCAAGACAAGCAGUGGGAAGCCCCGACCUGCCCCGCCCAAGACUAUUUCCGGUCUGGCCAAGAGGGAAGAUGGUCGAUCAUCGCAAAAUCCGCCCAAGGUCGCUCGUGAUGGCGCUGGUCCCAAUGAUGUGCAGUUCUUCUUGAGAGCCCCUGGUCAAGCAGCGCCAAAAGCAGCCGGUGCUGGCAAGAAGGGUAAGAAGGGCCCAGCUCCGGCUGGUCCACCUCAGGCAGGGAAAUACGUGACUGUUGCACAAUACUUCUUGGAUGCAUACGGCAUGAAGCUCAACAAUACUUUCCCUGUGAUCAAUGUCGGCAGCCGGGCCGAGCCUAGCUAUCUACCCGUUGAGGCAUGCGAUGUCCCAGUUGGUCAGCCAGUGGCCAACAAACUGUCGCCAGACCAGACAAAGAACAUGCUCAACUUUGCAGUCAGAGGUCGUAGCCCGGCUCAGAAUGCCGAGGCCAUCGCGACCAACGGUGUGAGCAUUCUAGGAGUUAAUCCGCCGAACGGUACACUGGCAUCAUUUGGCAUCGGGCUGCACCCGGAUCUUAUCACUGUCAAGGGCCGUAUCCUGCCUGCGCCGACAGUCUACUACAAAAAUGACAAAUCUUUCACUCCUGCCAGAGGUUCCUGGAACAUGCAAGAUAUCAAGUUCUGCAAGUCCGGCGCCCUGAGGAACUGGACAUUCAUCUUCUUCCCUGGAAGACAGUACGAGCGAAUGAGCAGCGGAGAAGUCAACGACUUGUUGUCAACUUUCGCCGGUCAUCUCAGGAGGACAGGCAUUGCCGUUGAGGCACCAAAGCAGGGCGCCCGGAUUAUACAACCGCAGCCAGGAAAUAUUCAGAAGGAGAUCAAGGGCCUUCUUGAUAAACACGGCAAACUCGAUCUGAUCCUUGGUAUCAUGUCCAGCACAGACACCAGUAUUUACAACAGUAUAAAACAGACCUGCGAUGUGACCUACGGCGUCAAGAACGUCAACGUUCAAGCAAGCAAGCUCACAUCCGACCGAGGCCUCGACCAAUACUGCGCCAACGUGGGCCUGAAAAUCAACCUAAAACUCGGCGGCGCAAACCAAAGCCUCAAGAACAUGGGCUUAUUCGGUGACGGCAAGACCAUGCUCGUCGGUCUAGACGUCACCCACCCAUCUCCAGGCUCAACAGACAACGCGCCCAGCGUCGCCGGCAUCGUCGCCUCAGUCGACAAAGACCUCGCUCAAUGGCCCGCGGACAUCGUCGUGCAAAGGCGCCGCGACGAAAUGGUCUCAGACCUGGACCGGCUUCUGCAAUCCCGAAUCCGCGUCUGGGCCUCGCGCAACAAGGGCGCAUUCCCAGAAAACAUCGUCGUCUACCGUGACGGUGUCAGCGAAGGCCAAUACAGCCUCGUCAUCGACAAGGAACUUCCCCUCCUCAAACAGGCAUGCAAAACCGUGUACCCGGCAAAGGACACCGCAAAGGGUCUUCCCAGAAUGGCAAUCAUAAUCGUCGGCAAGAGACACAACACCCGCUUCUACCCGACCAACCCAGGCGACGCUGAGAGGUCGAACAACCCACAGCCGGGCACCGUCGUCGACAGAGGAAUCUCCGAAGGCCGCUCCUGGGACUGGUACCAGCAAGCUCACUCUUGCUUGCAGGGAACCGCCCGCCCGGCACACUACUUCACAGUCUGGGACGAGAUUUUCCACCCCAAAUACCCCAGCAAUGCGAACGGGCCUGGCGCGGCGGACGUGCUGCAGGAGUUGACGCACAAGAUGUGUUAUCUCUUUGGUCGAGCGACUAAGGCAGUUUCUGUUUGUCCGCCGGCGUAUUAUGCCGACCUUGUCUGUACGCGGGCGAGAUGUUACUUGCAGGAUGUCUUUGAUCCGUCGACUCCAUCUGCUAGUGUUGCGGGCACGGAGAGGAGUGGGAACAAUGACCCGCUUCUUCCUGAUUCGAAGAAGUAUCGCCCGCAUGAACUUGUUAAGGAUACCAUGUUCUAUAUCUAG